CGUGGUUGUAGAAUAUAGAAAUAAAGCUGGUACAUUUCUUCUAAUAAAGAAUCUUAUUCUCCCCCAACUGUUUAAAAAAAAAAUCUUUUUCAAUGCCCCCAGAGAAUCCCACAAAGCCUUAAAUCAGAGCCUAAUGUACCUGCUGUGAGAUCAUAACAAUUUUGCAGCUAUCAAAUGCCUCCCACACCAUCUCAUUAUUUCUCUGCCUCGCUCCUUCCCCAAGCACAAGGUCCCCGAAUUGUUUUUUCAUAGAUUAUUUGUGUUUUUUACUCAGAAUUAGAGUAAGAACCACCCUUUGUCAAUCAAUUCGAUCGGCAAGAAGUUAUCGUGUGGUAGAGAAACUUUGAUUCGGAGGAGUAGAAGGAAGAAGAAAAUCGAUUGUAUAGGUCAUAGAUAGCAAUGAACAAGAAAGAGUCAAUAACAGCGAUUUUAGGCGUGUCGCUCUUGGUGGUGUUGUUUGUUUGCCACAUUAAUCUCUCGGCAAAUUUGAGGUUCAACUUCGAACUCAUUCACUCACUUGCAACUACUCCAAAACCAGAUAUCUUCAAACGCUUAGCACCGAGAUCAAAUACUAGCGGCCGGAACCCUAUCAAUUCGACACGUUUGCCAUCUUCGACAUCAACAAAGAUUAGAUGCACCCGUUCUCACAAAUACUACGAUUUCUGUUUCAUCGACAGCCCAACAGUUCUGGACCCCACAACCUCCACGUUAUUUGUAAUGGACUCGACAGGCCCAACCUUGGUGGAAAAAAUCAAGCCCUACCCACGAAAACAUGAGAAUUCGACAAUGUCGGGAAUCAAAGAGCUCACCCUCACAUCAGGCCCACCAGGCCCAAAAUGCCAGGUCCAACACAAUGCCCCGGCAAUUGUAUUCAGUGCGGGCGGGUACACCGGAAACUUCUUCCAUGAUUUCAAUGAUGGGUUCAUCCCCCUCUACAUCAUAGUCAAUUCGAUUCUCUACGAUCAAGAUCCCGUGCUCGUGAUUUCCAAAGCACGUGAUUGGUGGCUUCAGAGGUACUCAGAUUUGCUACAGGUUUUUAGCGAGCACCCAAUUAUAAACCUUGAUAAUGAUACUGCCACCCAUUGUUUUCGUUCUGCCACCGUGGGUCUAAUUUCUCAUGGAUUUUUGAACAUAAACCCCAAAUUGUUAAAGACCCCCAAGACACUGCCUCAUUUCCAUGCCAUCCUAGGCAAAGCCUUUGGCCAAACUGCCCAACGCUUCUACCGUCAGCGCCACCACAAUGAGCGGCCACGCAUAGUGUUAAUUAGUCGAACGGUAGGCGUCGGCCGAGCAAUCUUGAAUCAAGAGGAAGCGAUGGAAGUGGCAGACAGAAUAGGGUUCGAGGUGAUUGUUUAUGAGCCAAGUUCAAGGACCGAUUUGCAUGUAGCAUAUGACUUGCUUAGUAAUAGCCAUGCAGUGGUUGGUGUUCAUGGUGCGGCCCUUACUCACUUGUUGUUCAUGCGGCCGGGGACGGUGUUCAUGCAAAUUGUGCCGCUAGGGACUAAUUGGUUGGCAAAAGUGUGCUAUGAAAAUCCAGCUAGGGCAAUGGGGCUGGAGUACAUUGACUAUAGGAUUACCGCGGAGGAGAGCAGCUUGGUAGAAACUUACGGAAAGGAUGACAUUGUGGUUAAGAAUCCGGCAGCUAAGAUUGGUCCUAAUUGGUCCAUGGAGAUUAUGAAGAUUUAUCUCAAGGAACAGAAUGUCAGGUUGGAUUUGGAUAGGUUUUCUUGGUUUUUGAAGGCCGCUUAUGACAAGGCCAAGAAGUUUAUGGACAAGGAAGGAUAGGUACUGCUUUUCAUGUUCCAAUUACUCGUACAAUGAAAGUGAUCGUUCGAUGUUUCAGUGUCACUGAGUAGAUAUAUGCUUCCUUUCAAAUUUAAUCGUUACAACUUACAACGCAAGUUUAUCAAUAAACCAAAAGAAGUAAUCCGUUUGUACUUUGUUAUGUA